UAUGCCAGUCAGACCAGAGGUCCACGGGUCCUGGCCGUCUUCUGGAUCCUGACUGGCCUGGCGACUGUGGCUGUUUCAGCGAGACUUUUUAUUCGGAUCAAGAUCCUGCGCAACCCAGGCGCAGAUGACUGGUUGGUUGCCGUGUCGAUGAUCUUCAGCAUGGCAUAUGCCGUGUUGUCCACCGUCAACGUCGCUUUGGGGUACGGGAGACACGCAGCCACCCUGUCGACUAGGAGGAUAGAGCUCAUCCUCUUGCUGAACAACAUCGGGUUUGCGCUAGGGAUUGUCGCCUUCGCCAUGCCCAAGCUGGCCGUUGCUGCCCUGCUUAACCGAUUUUUGAACCCGAAAGCGUUGCACCGCGCCAUAUUCUGGGGGCUGACCGGGUUCACGGCAUUGGUGUCGUCUAUCAACAUCGUGGUGUUGUUCACCUCGUGCAAGCCUGCAAAGGCUCUCUGGGAGGCAUCCCUCGUAGAGAAAGGAGCCCAUUGCCGGCCCUCGUCGGUCCUUAUCAGUUACGCAACUUUGACUGGAGCCACAUCCGCAUUCACGGAUCUGUACCUGGCCGUCUAUCCGACCAUCAUCUUGCUCAAGCUCCAAAUGGCAUUGUGGAAGAGACUGGCUUUGUGUUUGGCCUUGGGACUGGGGGUAGUCGCUUGUGCAAUGGCAAUAAUCAAGUCCAUGCAGCUACCGGAGCUUGCUGAUGUGACCGACGCGACAUACACCACCGUCAAUCUCGUGAUCUGGACGUGUAUUGAAUCGAACGUCGUGAUCCUUGCCUGCUGCAUCCCCACCUUGCAGCCUCUCCUCGACGUCAUCCUAGGAAGGCGCACCUUGAGUAAUGCCAGAGGAUACCAAUACAAAGACAACGGCACUAGCCAUCUGCGCGAGUCAACCAGAUGGAGUUCCAAACGGUCGGGAGCCAGUAAAGACAUGCCCGACCUUGAGAUCACCGGGGUAGGGAGUGAGGAGGACAUUUUGCGGAUGGGACAGAUUCGUCGCACGGACAAUGUGACUAUCGAGUACGAG